CUAGUAAUUAUUAAUUAAACCAACUUACAUGGAGUAAAGCUUACAGGAUAAAGGAGAUUAGGUUCCGCAAUAAUUCACCAACAGGAGCAGUUGGCAGUAGUUAGUGAGUCUUUCUUUUAAAAUCAUUCAUGUCAUCUCUUGGCCUGGGCAGGUAAGCAAACCAAGCCUCUCAGUCUCUCCGCCUCCUCUGUCUAGCUUAUUAGCUCCUGGUCUUGUUUGCAAUCUAUCAAAGUUGGCUUUUUGUGCUCCCUCGGAUGUUUAUCCUACCAUCGAUUUGUUGAAAUUGGGAAUUUUUUCUUGUCGAAAUUAAUCGGUGCCCCUGAUGAUACGGUCGGACUGCCCAGUAUAGCACAGUAUGCCAUAGGGUCCGCAGUCAUAUAGCAUUGAUUUGAUUAGAGUUUGAUGCCUCCGGUCCUUCCUUCUUCUAUUAGAUUCCCAUCCCACUAUUAAUAUCGGUGUUUCCGCAGCUUCUCUUUCCUCUCCUGUCUUUAAAUCAAAACCAAAUAUACUCGCUGUUUCUUCGUUCGUAUUUCCAUUAACAAGAGAAUCUCUUACCGGGUCGAAAAGACUCGAGAUUGCUCACAUCAAUCACGCUGGUGUUGGAAAGAAUGGAAAUCGUAGUUGUUUAGCGGGCAAAGGAGAAAAGGGAAUCUGCUUUAGUGGUAGUUGGAUGAACUGUUAGCUAAUCCCAUUGUUUGUCUACGUCCGCUUUAUGCUCUGAAAGGUUCACUUUCCUGUGCGAGGGGGAGCAUUUUGCCCUUUUUUGAGCAUUAUAGUAGUCUUGAUCCUAGGGUUCCUGAAGUGAGCGAGGUAACUAGCUGGUGACGACUACAUUAUAUUCCUUUUACUUUGUGUCUAUGCUACAAUGAGAGGGAGGGGGUUUCUUUUACUUUAACUUCCUCUCAGUCCUAUAAAGCUGCCAGCCCUGUUUUGUUCCUUGUUGAGUCCUGCAAGAUAUCUCCUCCCAACUUAGUCAAAAUUCGCUUAACCUUUAAUCAUGAUCUUGUUUACUUAUUCACAGUUAUUUCUAUCUGCUGCCGGUUGAGUCAGGAUUUAGCUAUUAUUAUAUUGGUCAUUGGUUAGUGAGUUUGUAGGAAUUUAGCUGUUCAAUCCAGGAGAUGGGUGGCCAUGAAAAUGCUAUGGGGUUUCAACACGGGCAAGGGACAAUCCUGAAUUGCACGUCAUCGGGCUUGAGCAGCAAUGUUUCUGAAAUCGCAAUUAGCUCUGUGUCUAUGGCCAAGCCUCCCGUUGUGACUAAUCCCUUUCUUGGGUCGUCUUCUUCCACCUGGGAUCCCCUUGUUUCCUUGAAUCAGACUCAAACUUUUGGAGGCUCUUCCAUGGUUUCUCACAGCGAGUUUGGCAGUUCAUCUUACCCUCUCGUGUUGGAAAAUCAGGGAUUGAGUAGCGCCUCUCACCUAGUUCAAUAUAUGUCCGACACUAAUUUCGCUGUUCCUUCCUAUGCAAGUGGAAGCUUUUCCGAAAUGGUUGGCUCUUUCCCCACACCUGGGUGUUCUGAUUUAGCCAAUACGAGUUAUGGCCCAGGUUAUAACCCAAACGAAGAGGCAGCCAUGAAAAGGGUUCCGCUAAAUGCUUCACAAUCUCAGCUUGAGGAUCCAACUCCUGAAGAAGGAGCCACAGGAUCUGCACCAAAUGGAAGUAGAAGAAAGCGAGGACUUGAUCACAAUACCACGUUCAGUCCAAAUAAGAACGCUGAAGGUGAACCGAUGAGGGAUUCUUCUGGGAAGAGCUCUGAUGGUGUAAAAGAACACGAUGAGAAGAAACAAAAGGUUGAGCAAGAUAAUACUAGUGCAGAUUUGCGUGGUAAGCAAUCAUCAAAGCAAGCUAAAGACAACUCUCAAAGUGGAGAAGCUCCUAAAGAAAAUUUCAUUCAUGUGAGGGCUCGUAGAGGUCAAGCCACAAACAGUCACAGCCUUGCCGAAAGGGUAAGAAGAGAGAAGAUUAGUGAGCGAAUGAGGCUGCUUCAAGAACUUGUUCCAGGAUGCAACAAGAUAACUGGGAAAGCAGUGAUGCUGGAUGAGAUUAUUAACUAUGUGCAAUCGCUGCAGCAACAGGUUGAGUUUUUGUCAAUGAAACUUGCCACCGUGAACCCAGAACUGAAUUUUGAUGUAGAGCGGGUGCUAUCCAAAGAUAUUCUUCAGUCGCGCAUUGCGAAUGGAACAAUUGGUGGAUAUGGCAUGAACUCCUCUCACUCAUUCCCCAGUGGAAGUUUUCAGGGAACUCUUCCAGGCAUACCCAACACAUCACCAUUCCCUCCUUUGCCCCAGAGUGUUUUGGAGCAUGAGUUUCAAAGCUUGUAUGGAAUGGGAUACGAUUCCAGCGCAGCUCUUGAAAACGCAGGACCCAACGGGAGGUUGAAAACAGAGUUGUAAUGGGUACAAGAUAUUUGGAUUUCAUUAGAAGGGCUUUGUUUCUACUACCCACAGGGGACUUUGAAUUUUCAAGCAAUUUAACUGAAGCUAAGAAAAGGUGGGGAAAUAGAGAGGGAAGGAUGUGGAAUAAGGGUUGGAGUUGUAUAGGAUCUUUAAUACCUAACUGUUGGCUCUUCGAAUUUUUAGCAGAAGAUGACUUGUUAGAUCCAUAUGCAUUAUUAUGUAUAUUGAGGGAAGGAAAGACCAGGCUCUGAUUGGUGAAGGUGAUUCAUGAUUGUUUUAAGCUAGUGAGUUGCAGAUUAGAGAAAUGCGUGAAACCUUUUUUUUUUUUUUAAGCAAGGGCUUCUGGCCUUUCUUUUUUUGUUCUCUGGAAAGAAAAGAAAAAUGAAAUUGCGUAAUGAAUGAAGA